GCUUCUGGUCUUCUAGGGAUUUUCUUCUGUACCUCGGUGAACUCGUUAGGGUGUCCAUUUUCCUUUAUCAACGUAUAUUGCCGCACGAGGAAAAAAUUGAUAAAAGCAACUACAAAGACACGGAAAAUUACAUAAUAAAUCUUGUACCAUGGCAGCACAAUUUUUCAACAGAAUGGGACAACUCGGUCUUGGAGUAGCUCUUGUUGGUGGUGUUGUAAAUUCUGCUCUUUAUAAUGUUGAUGGAGGUCACAGAGCUGUGAUCUUCGACAGAUUUGCUGGUAUAAAGAAUCAAGUUGUGGGCGAGGGAACACAUUUUUUUAUUCCUUGGAUCCAGAAACCCAUCAUCUUUGAUAUUCGUUCUCGACCUAGGAACGUUCCUGUCAUCACAGGAAGCAAAGAUCUGCAGAAUGUAAACAUCACUCUCCGUAUUCUCUUCAGACCAGUGCCAGACUCGUUGCCAAAGAUCUACACUAUUCUUGGUGUUGAUUACGAUGAACGUGUUCUGCCAUCCAUCACUACUGAAGUUUUGAAGGCUGUUGUAGCACAGUUUGAUGCUGGAGAACUGAUCACACAGCGAGAACUGGUAUCUCAGAAAGUCAGUGAAGAUUUGACUGAUCGUGCCUCACAAUUUGGAGUCAUUUUGGAUGAUAUUUCCAUUACUCAUUUAACGUUCGGUAAAGAAUUCACGCAAGCUGUUGAAUUGAAACAAGUGGCUCAACAGGAAGCUGAGAAAGCACGUUUCCUCGUGGAAAAGGCUGAACAACAAAAGAAGGCUGCCGUUAUUAGUGCGGAAGGUGACGCACAGGCUGCCAGCUUAUUGGCGAAAUCUCUUGGAGAAGCUGGCGACGGUUUAGUCGAACUUAGAAGAAUCGAGGCCGCGGAAGAUAUCGCUUAUCAACUUUCGCGCUCACGUCAAGUAGCAUAUUUGCCUCCUGGUCAGAGCGUGCUACUUAACAUACCUCAGUAAAUCUACAAAUAAAUACUGUACAUAAACUGUGCAUUUUCCUCUGUAAGGAAAGCAUUUUUUCGAGGCAUCGCAGCUCGUCUACCGGGAGAUGCUCGAGAGCUCCCUCCCUGACAGUAUCAGAACUAGGAAUGCGCCACUUAUUCUUUCUUUUCAUUCAUUUCAUUGUGCUUUUUAUAAUUUUCAAUUAACAAACUCCCGUUUCAUUGCAAUAGAAGCGUUAACGAAAGUAAUCGUGACAGAGAAGAUGCUCGCUGAACCUGUUUCCAAUUCUAGACUUUUCAUAGUUACUUGACAAAAGGGUAGACGAUUGCAGUAAUGUGUUAAUAACGAAAUAGAACAAAUAUUGCCGUUAUGCGUUGAACAGCAUCACAAUGACGAGGAGAGCAUUUUCCUUGGUUCUCAUGAAUUUCAUAAUUUUCAGCUGUGAUACUCUCGAGACUCUCAUCAAUUUGAUUUCUUUUAAUCCGUAAUAACCUUUCACCUUAACCCUUCAUAUUGAAGAUAUCAUUACGGGUACGUACCAUUUGGCGGAUGAACGCUAUAGGACGUAGAAAUACAAAAUCGACGGAGUUCCUGCAAGCGAUUACUGAUUCAUAGAGAUUUUUUGGCUGACUACCUCGGGUGAGCAUCGACACGUAAUAACAAUAAUAACUCACAUCUGCAAGAUUCUCCCUUGAAAUUCCUAAGUCGAGUGAAUAAAAAUGUGUUAAAAAAGAAAACUUUGAUUCUGCUAAGAACAAUACUGUUAUCGCCUUAAAAGAAUUAUUCUUUAACAUAUUUAAUACAACAACGUAACACAUAAGACUCGUAUACCAAGAGUUAAAUUAGCUAGAAAUGGAAAUGCGCGGGUUUCAUGAUUUUAAUACAGAUUCAUCUAGAUGGAGUACAUACUCCAUUGUAUAAAUAUACCGAAGCACGAAUGCCUUAAGUACAGACACGAAAAGAAAGGAUUAAUUGCGAUCUCGAUUAUCUCAGGGAGUGGACGCUAAUUAUUAUCGUAGUCGUUAACGUACGAAUAAUACAUGGCAUUUUAAUUUUCUA